AGGAACGACAGGAGGUAUAGGUUCAAGUGAGCAGAGUAUUGAGUAUUGAUUAAAAAAGAUAUGGGUUUCAUUGAUAUUGUGUUUCAAUGGUCUCUUGAAGACAUAUUCAACGAUAAUCUUUAUGAGGAUCAAGUGGAAAUGAUUCCAGUUUCAUUUCAGUCGGCGGAACAAUAUUUUGGGUCAUAUCUUUUGCCUUUGUUGGAUGAGACACGCGCAGCAUUGCGCUCAUCUAUGGAAGUUAUAGCUAGAGCACCAUACGAAGUGACAUAUCUUAAUGAAUCAAAGUCACAUGGAACAUUGCUGCUUGACGUGAAUGUUGAUUACUGGAGAAACAGGUUCAGUGAUCGUGAGAAGGAACCAUACAAAACAUUGCCUGGAGAUGUUUUCAUAGCAAAUGUGAAACCUGAAACUGCUUCUGAUUUGCAAAGGGUAGGAAGAACCUGGAUUUUUGCCCUAGUCACAAAUAUCCAAGAGGAUGAUGAUGAGGAUAAUAGCUCAUCUACUUCAUUCAAAGUGAAAGCACUGGAAGAUUUUGUUUCUAAAGAUGAAGCGCAGAAAUCACUAUUUGUAGUUCACUUGACAAAUCUAACCACAAACACACGAAUAUGGAGUGCAUUGCACAUGGAAAGAAACUUAAAGAUUAUCAAAGAGGUUUUGCACGCCGAUUCCAUGGUGGCAGAAAGCUGCAGUCUCUGUUCUUCAGAUAUUGGUGGAAACUGGAAUGAGAUUUUUCUGAAAAACUUGCUAUCUAAACUGAAUGAAUCUCAAAAGAAUUCGCUUGUUGCUUGUCUCAACAAAAUGUCGUGCAAUCACAAGUCUCAUGUGGAACUUAUUUGGGGUCCACCAGGAACUGGGAAAACUAAAACUGUUAGUGUGCUGCUGUUUGCUCUGUUGAGGAUGAAGUACAGAACACUCACUUGUGCCCCGACAAAUAUUGCAAUUACAGAAGUAGUUGCAUGUGUCUUAAAGCUGGUAAAAGAAGCUAAGAAAGCAUGCUCUGUAGCUGAUGAUCAGUUUUGUUCGUUGGGAGACAUCCUCUUAUUUGGCAGUAAAGAGAGUCUUAAAGUUGAUUCUGAGAUUGAAGAAAUAUUUCUGGAUUAUCGUGUAAAAAGGCUUACAGAGUGCUUUGGGCCACUAGGUUGGUGGCACUGCUUUACUUCAAUGAUUACUUUUCUUGAAGAUUGUGUUCCUCAGUACCAUAUUUUCUUAGAAAAUGAAUCAACCAAAAAGCAGGAACAUGUUAGAGAAGAUGAAAACCAGGAGAAAGGAUGUUGCAGUGAAACUGAUGGUAAGAAGGGGAUACACAAAUCAUUUCUUGAAUAUGCAAGAGAAAGAUUUGCCACUACUGCAUUACCACUGAGAAGAUGUGUGUCAAUUUUACACACUCAUAUACCCAAAAUCUACUUUCAGGCACAUAAUUUCAAAGACCUUGAAACUCUUUCAGGCCUGCUCAAUUCAUUAGAAACAUGCCUGUUUUUUGAUGGUUUAGCUUCUGAAGAAGUGGAGGAGCUCCUUUUACUUUCAAAAGAUGAUAAAUUGCUUCCCCAAAAUCUCUGUGACACAUCUCGCUUGUUGUGCUCAAUAAGAAGCCAGUGUCUUUCUGUUUUGAGAAGGCUCCGUGAUUCUCUUGGUCAGCUUAAACUGCCAAGUGCAAGGAACAAAGAUUCCUUAGUACAGUUCUGCUUUCAAACGGCUUCUUUAUUCUUUUCCACUGCAUGCAGUUCUUAUAAACUAUAUAAACUGGAAAUGAAACCACUGAAUGUGUUGGUAAUAGAUGAAGCAGCGCAGUUGAAAGAAUGUGAAUCAGCCAUACCCCUGCAACUGCCGGGUAUUGUACAUUCAAUUCUUAUCGGUGACGAAUGGCAAUUGCCUGCCACAGUUCAAAGCAAUGUUUCUAAUGAAGCUGGCUUUGGAAGAAGUUUAUUCCAAAGGUUGACUACUUUGGGUCAUUCAAAGCACCUACUGAAUAUUCAGUACAGAAUGCAUCCAUCAAUCAGUUUCUUCCCAAAUGCGUGUUUCUAUAAUAAAAGGAUCUUGGAUGCAGCUGGUGUUAAGCAUAAGAGUUACGAGAAACAUUAUCUUCCGUGGCCUAUGUUUGGCCCCUAUUCCUUUAUAAAUGUAUCUGGAAGAGAAGAAAAGGAUGAUGCUGGGCGUAGCCACAGAAAUAUGGUUGAGGUUGCCCUUGUGCAGAGAUUGGUGCAAACUCUGUUCAAAGCAUGGAAUAGCUCAAGAGAGAGACUCAGCGUUGGCAUAAUUUCUCCCUAUGCUGCUCAAGUUGUCGCAAUUCAGGAGAAACUUGGUAGGAAAUAUGAGAAAACUGAUGGCUUUGCAGUGAAGGUGAAGUCAGUUGAUGGGUUCCAGGGUGGUGAAGAAGAUAUUAUAAUAAUAUCAACUGUGAGAUCCAAUAGUUCAGGAGCACUUGGUUUUGUAUCCAAUGCUCAAAGAACUAAUGUUGCUCUUACGAGGGCUAGGCACUGCCUCUGGAUUUUGGGGGAUGGAAGAACCCUGGCCAAACAUGAAUCUGUUUGGCAGGGUUUAGUGCAUGAUGCAAAGAUGCGUCAUUGUUUCUUUAAUGCUGAUGAAGAAAAGGGAUUGGCUAAAGCUAUAUUUGAUGCCAAGAAAGAUUUUGAUCAGCUUGAUGACUUGCUUAAUCACGAUAGUGUUCUAUUCAAGAAUGCUAGGUGGAAGGUUCUUUUCAGUGAUAACUUCAGAAAGUCAUUUGGGAAGGUGAAAUCUGCCCAGACUCAGAAAUCAGUUUUAAACCUUCUGUUAAAACUUUCCUGCGGCUGGCGGCCUAAGAAGAGAAAUGUGGAUUUAAUUUGUGAAAGCUCUUCUAUGGUCUUGAAACAAUUUAAGGUUGAAGAUCUUUAUAUUGUCUGCUCAAUUGAUGUAGUGAAGGAACAGAGGUACACUCAAGUAUUGAAGGCUUGGGAUCUUUUGCCAUUAGAGGAUAUUGUGAGGCUGGUUAAGCGCCUUGAUGGCAUCUUCAAAAUGUAUACAGAUGAUUUUAUCUGUCAUUGCAAUAAGAAAUAUUUGGAGGGGGAUUUGGAAGUUCCGAAAAGUUGGACAACCUCAUUUGAUAUUGUCAGGUUUAAAACUUUAAGCCAAGAUGAAAUAAAAAACAGUUCAUGUGGUAGUAAUGCUUCAGAUAAUAGAUGUUACUUAGAGAACUCAAAAGUCAGUGAGAGCUUACUGCUGAUGAAGUUCUACUCUUUAUCAUCGGGUGUUGUGAGCCACCUUCUCUUUGAUCAUGAUGGAAGAGAACCAGAACUUCCAUUCGAGGUGACAGACCAUGAACGUGAUAUAAUUUUAUUCCCAAGAAGCACUUUUAUAUUAGGCAGGUCAGGCACCGGGAAGACUACUGUGCUGACUAUGAAGUUGUUUAAGCAAGAGCAACUGCACCUGUUAACAACUGAAGGUUUUGAUGCAGUUAACACAAAUAGGGUUAAUGAUGUCUGUCUGGCAAACAGAAAUAUGGGUGGUGUUGGAGGCACUGAAGCAACUCCAUUGCGCCCUUUUGUCACAGUCAGUCCUAAACUUUGUUAUGCGGUGAAACAUCAUGUUCUUCAAUUGAAAAGGUUUGUCAGCAGUGGAAACUUUUCUCUAGGUGCUUUUCAAGAUGUUGAUGAUACUGAUGGUGCAGCACAGUUCAAGGAUAUUCCCGAUUCAUUUGUGGAUAUUCUUCCCAAGGCAUACCCACUUGUCAUAACUUUGCAAAAGUUUCUGAUUAUGCUUGAUGGAACAAUUGGCAACUCAUUCUUCGAGAAAUUCUAUGAUGCCAGGGAGCUAUCAAAUAUGGAAGUUGUAAAUGCUCCAACCUUGGUACGAAAUUGUAUAAGAACAAGGGAGGUAACCUAUGAGAAGUUUUGUUCAAUUUAUUGGCCUCAUUUUAAUGCUAACCUGACAAAUAAGCUUGACUCAUCCAGAGUCUUCACAGAGAUAAUGUCUCAUAUAAAAGGGGGCCUGAGAUCAGGGACUUCCUAUGAUGGUAGACUCAAUGCGGAGGAUUAUGUAAAACUAUCUGAGGGUCGGGUGUCUGCCUUAAGUUCACAUGAGAGGCAAAUGAUAUAUGAUAUUUUUCAAGAUUACGAAAAAAUGAAAGGAGAAAAUGGUGAGUUUGAUAUGGCUGAUGUUGUGGUUGAUCUUCAUGUAAGACUUCAAAAUGAAAGGUAUGAGGGUGACAUCAUGGAUUUUGUUUAUAUCGAUGAGGUGCAAGAUCUUACAAUGAGGCAGAUUGCUCUUUUCAAACAUGUUUGCAAAAAUGUAAGUGAAGGCUUUGUUUUCUGUGGGGAUACAGCACAAACUAUUGCCAGGGGUAUUGAUUUUAGGUUUGAAGAUAUACGAUCCCUUUUCUACAAGGAGUUUGUUUUGGAAUCAAAAUGUGAAACAAAUCAUGAGAAAAAGGAGAAGGGUCAAAUAUCUAAAAAUUUCCACUUAAGCCAGAAUUUUCGUACUCAUGAUGGUGUCCUGAGGUUAGCGCAGAGUGUCAUUGAUCUUCUUUACCAUUUCUUUCCUUUAUUUGUUGAUAUUUUAUGCCCUGAAACUAGCCUUAUAUAUGGGGAAGCCCCAAUUUGGCUUGAAUCUGACAAGGAAGACAAUGUAGUUGCCAAAAUAUUCACAAACAGUGGUAAUGCUGGGGCACAUAUGGUUGGAUUUGGAGCAGAGCAGGUCAUAUUAGUACGUGAUGAUCCUGCCAAGAAUGAAAUUUUAAAGUAUGUUGGCAAGCAAGCUCUUGUUCUGACCAUAGUGGAAUGCAAAGGAUUAGAGUUUCAGGAUGUAUUAUUGUACAACUUUUUUGGUUCAUCACCUUUAAAGAAUCAGUGGAGAGUUGUAUAUGAAUACAUGAAGGAGCAAGGCUUUCUUGAUGCCAGUUGUCCAUCCCCAAGUUUCAAACAGGCAAAACACAACAUUAUGUGCUCUGAAUUGAAGCAGUUAUAUGUUGCCAUCACCCGCACAAGGCAAAGGCUGUGGAUUUGUGAAAAUGUCAAAGAGUUUUCCGAGCCGGUGUUUAAUUACUGGAAAAGGAAGUGCCUUGUUCAAGUUAGGAAGCUGGAUGAUUCUCUUGCACAAGCAAUGCAAGUUGCAAGUAGUUCAGAAGAGUGGAAGUCACGUGGUUAUAAGCUGUUGCAUCAGGAUAACUAUGAGAUGGCAACAAUAUGCUUCGAAAGAGCAAAUGAUACUUAUGGGGAAAAACUAGCUAAGGCCCUUGGACUUAGGGCAAAUGCUGACCGAUUGCAUGGAUCAAAUCCCGAAAUGGCUUCUAUUGCCAGGAGGCAGGCUGCUGAUAUUUUUUAUUCCAUUGGCAAGGCUGAGCGUGCUGCAGAGUGCUUUUACAUGUUAAAGGAGUAUGAAAGAGCGGGUCAGAUUUAUUUGGAAAAAUGUGGGGAAUCUGCUCUGGAGAGAGCAGCAGAAUGUUUUGUUCUUGCUGGAUGUUACAUUACUGCAGCAGAGGUGUAUGCAAAAGGCAACAAUAUCUCAAAAUGCCUGUCUGUUUGUACGAAAGGAAAACUCUUUGAUAUGGGAUUGCAAUACAUUCAAUACUGGAAACAACAUGCAAAAGCAGAUGAAGAAAUGGCCCAAAGAAGUAAGGAUUUGGAGGAGCUUAAGCAAACAUUUCUGGAGAACUGUGCCCAUCAUUAUCAUGAGAUUAAUGAUAAGAGAGCAAUGAUCAAUUAUGUCCGAGCUUUUGAUUCCAUGAAUUCAAGACGAAAAUUCUUGCAGUCCUUAGAAUGCCUCGAUGAGCUCCUAUCAUUGGAAGAAGAAUCAGGGAACUUCUUGGAGGCAGCAAAUAUUGCUAAGUUGAGAGGUGACCUUCUGCUUGCUGCUGAUCUGCUUGGGAAGGGUGCACAAUAUGAGGAGGCUGUGCAUCUUAUUCUCUGGUUUGUGUUCGCUAACUCUCUUUGGUUAGCUGGGAGCACAGGGUGGCCGUUAAAGCAGUUUAAAGAGAAAGAAAACCUUCUAUCAAAAGCUAAGUCAUUUGCUAAGAAUUUGUCACACUGGUUUUAUGGGCUUGUUUGUUCAGAGGCUGACAUUUUACUGAACAAGCCAAGCAACUUGUUCUUGAUGAAACAAUAUUUAAGUGCUUCUCAGAUGCACAAGAGCACCCGAGGUGAAAUGUUAGUUGCUCGAAUAAUUCUAGAUCAUCACCUUCAUUUAAAUAUAUCGAAUUAUGAAUGGAUAGAUGAAUUGGUCUUUGAUCUAGCAAGCUAUUCAAAAGAGCAAAUUUAUAACAACAGGGUUUCCAGCGAGACACUUGUCUACUUUUGGAAUUUCUGGAAGGAUAAAGUUCUGAAGAUAUUCGAGUAUCUUGAGCAUGCUGAAAACCAAUAUGGAACUAAUGAUUCUAGAAGAUAUGGAGAUUUCUGCUUGAAUUAUUUUGGUGUAUGGAGGCAAUUUAACAAUCUGAAUCCUAUCUAUCUUCUGAAUUCUGACGCUGAAUGGCUGAGAAAACUGGAGAGCAAACAUGUUUGCAGAAACCAGAAGCAGGUUUCUAUUUCAAUCCAUCAAUUUGUCUCAGCUGCAAGGAGUUAUUGGUGUUCAGAAUUGUUCUCUGUUGGCCUGCAAGUCUUGAAAAUGCUUGAGCUACUCUAUAAUUUCUCACACCGGAAUUCUUUGUCAUCUUUUAAUCAAAGCAGGUCUCUUACUCAUAUCUAUGAGGUUGCAAGUUUUCUCUUGAAUUCCAAGUUUCUGAACAGCCAGCAUGCAGAAAAGGAUUUGAUGAAGUUCGUCAACCUGUCAGCAAAGCACUUCUUUGGCUAUAUAUUUCCUCUUGAUUGGCGAGAAUCAUUGAGAGAAAACAUGAUUUCUCUUAGAGAAACUGAAAUCUCAAGGAAGUUACUUGAAGAAGUUAUAUUGGAAAGGACCGGAUCAAAAUGUAAUAGCUUGUCAUAUGGGGAAAUUGGAAAGGUGGCGUUGAUAAUUCUUGGAUCUGGUGAGCUUACUACUGAAUUUUAUGGGAAGAUUUUUGAAUGUUUACACUGGAAUAGCGCAUGGAAGAACUUCAUUGUGAAUCUCAAAGAGGAUAGAGGUUCUCCUACAUUUUCUACGACUGACAAUAUCAGUGAAUAUGUUGGGGAGAAUAGAAGCUCAGGAACUACAACUGAAUCUGCUGCUUGUCAUAUCAAACAAAUUGGGAGUAUCGAGCCAGUUAUUUUGAAGUUCCAUGAAGCUUUACAAGAUACGUAUAAAGUAAACUGGAGGACAAUAUCUGAUUAUAUGUCACCGGUUUGUUUCUUGUAUCUUGUUGAGCGCUAUCUAAUGUUGUUAUCCUUCGUCAACGGAUACUUCUUCUCUACAAAGACGACGUUUGUGGAAUGGGUUGUAUACCAGGAUGGGAGACCCAGCUCAACUUCCUGUUUUGUGGCUGUUAAUAAACAAUCCUUGGAAGACAUUGUUAAAUUUGUAAUUGACAUGGUUCAGCAGUUCCUGUUUUGUAAGAGAGAGACCAUAGAUUGGAUCAAGAAGUCUCGUAUAGCUGUGAAGGAGUACCAUUCACUGCUGGUUUUGCGAUUGGUUCUCAUUGCAUGUUCUCUUCAUUUGAACUUUGGCAAGGGCCUUGAUUUACUUUUUGACUUGCUGGGCCAAAAGAAUAUUACAGAACUACUGCCCUGGGAGUUUUAUGAUGCUCUUCGGAGAAGGCAGAGAAAUAAUCGUCUGAAUAUUGAUGUGAAUCUGCUUGCUGAUGCAUUUAAGAAAAUUGGAAACCCUCUGGUAAUAGUGAGCAUGCAUGGAAACUGUCCUAAAUUUGGAUGCAAAGAUGCUAUAUUUGUAGAUAUGAAGCUCAACCCAUGCAAGGAGGAAUUAUUGAGAAUUUUGUUCCCUAAAACUGGAUGUUCUCAAUAUCAAACUGCUGGUUUCUCUUGUGAAGUACUUCUUCCAGCCAAUUACAAUGAAGGGAUGAGCUCAGAGGUUGUUCCGUUUUCAAGCUCGGUUUCUCUGCCAGAUCAAGAUUUGAAUACACAGAAUCAAAAUGUUGGUGAUCUGCAGUUUAACCAUGAUCGUUUUUGGGAAAUUAUUGAAGCAUUAGCGGUGGUGGAUGGUAUCAAAGAUCUAAGGACCUUUAUCUCGUAUGCUUCAACACUAAUGGUGUUUCUAGGAAAACUUGUUUCCAUAAUAGAUGCUGGAACAAAAGAAUAUUUGCUGAAGAAACCUGCAGGUGGUGAAGACGACGACUUUUCAAGGGAUGCAAUGAACGUGCUCAAUCUAAUGAAUCAACUGCAUAGUGAACUAGAACCGAGUAAGCUGAAACUUGAAUGUAGCGUUCCAAUAAUUGGUGCCCUUUGCGAGGAGCUGCGUUCAGGGUGGUCUAUAAUGAUGCCUCUCCUGCAGCAGCAAGGCUACUUGGUAAAAGACGGCAACCAUGCAUCUGAAGAAUCUGGUGAUCAUUGUGAUGUGGAAGAGAGUAUAAGUAAGGCUGAGGAAUGUAGUAAGGGUAAGAAGCCAGCUUCAGCAACUACUUUCAAUUCCAAACCCCAAGGAAACAGUAAAUCUAAGAAAAACAAGAAGAGUCGAGGCCGAAAUCGAAAGUAGAUAAACAUUCCUAAAAUUCAGUGGUUGCAUAUAGCACAUUCGCUUGUAGCAUAGAUCUUCGUUUUAACUUGAUGGUUGAAAGUUAUGAUAGAAGUUCUGGGAUGACUUGAAAGCCCAUCUUUGUACUUGAUACUGAAAUCUAUUGUCUGGAUUGGGUUUGCAUUGUGUGUUUUGAACUGCAACCUUUCUGAAAGUCUCGGUAGAUUCUAAACA